AUGGAGAGGAUCAGGAGACUCUGUUUCUUGGCUGCUGUGCUGGCAGCGCUCGGUGGGUGCCUGGGCUCGCAGGACGGGCAGUGCGCCGGGGCUGUGGCCGUGCAGAAGCGCAUCAACUGCCACCCCCAGCCGGGUGCGACCCGGGAGGCCUGCGAGGCGCGGGGCUGCACCUGGUGCGCCACCCGCGUGGCCAACGCUCCCUCGUGCUUCUUCUCCGAGGACAGUCCCUACGGCUACUCCCUGGGUGGGAACAAUGAGAAGACAGCCAAAGGCUGGAGAGUAACGCUGAACAAGCGCCAGACUUUGUCCCUCUUCGGAAAAGACAUUUCCCCGGUCGUCUUGGAAGUGGAGUUCCAGACAAGGGACAGACUCCGGUUCAGGCUCUACGACCCCAACAGUCAGCGCUUUGAAGUCCCACUGACGAUCGACUCCCCAGGGGUUUCCGCCGAUGAAGCCAGCUAUGACGCCGAGUUCGAGGAAGACUCCUUGCACUUCAAGAUCAAGAGGAAAAGCACCGGCACUGUGCUGUGGGACAGUCCCCUGUCUGAUCUGUUUUUCUUCAAUCAGUAUCUUCAGAUCACAACUACUGUGCCAUCCACUUCGCCAUUUGCCAACCUCUAUGGAGUUCACCCUUUCUAUCUGUGUGUAGAAGAUGACUUCAAUGCUCACGGUGUUCUCCUUCUGAACUCCAAUGCACAAGAUGUUACUCUGAGUCCAGACCCAUCCUUGACUUUCCGCACGAUUGGAGGGAUCCUCGACUUCUAUGUCUUCCUUGGACCCACUCCGGAAAACGUAAUUCAGCAAUACACAGAGGCCAUCGGGCGCCCACACAUGCCUGCCUACUGGUCUCUGGGAUUUCAUCUCUCCCGAUGGGGUUAUGGCAGCAUUGAUGUCUUAAAGAAAACCGUCGAUCGCAUGCACUACUAUGAUAUCCCAUAUGAUGUUCAACAUCUUGAUAUCGACUACAUGGAACGUCGCCUAGACUUUACCUAUGAUAAAGUGAAUUAUGCAGGUCUGCCUGAGUACCUCCAACAGCUGAAGAAGGAAGGAAUGCACAAUGUCGUGAUUCUGGACCCUUUCGUAACUAAGGAUGAAGAAUCAGGCACUUACAGGCCUUAUGAUCUCGGAGAGGAAAUGGGAGUCUGGGUGAACAACUCCGAUGGUGUAACUCCUGCUGUUGGAAAGGCCUUGCCCCCCGGAGAAUCGGUGUUUCCUGACUACACCAACCCCAGGACAGUCGAGUGGUGGACCCGUUUGUGCCUGGAGUUUAAGGAUGUCCUUGACUACGAUGGGAUCUGGAUUGAUAUGAACGAACCGUCCAAUUACUUAAGUGGCCAGUAUCCUGGAUGUGCUGAUAACGAUAUCAAUAACCCUCCUUACAUUCCUAGCAUUUCUGGUAAUUCCCUGGCACAAAAUACAUUGUGUCCAGACUCCAAGACUUACCUGGGAGAGCACUACAACACGCACUCUCUCUUCGGCUGGUCACAGACAGCACCAACUUUCCACAUUGCCCAGCAGGCAACUGGAAAGCGAGCGUUUGUCUUGAGUCGGUCUACAUUCGUUGGCAGUGGGAAACACGGCGGUCACUGGCUGGGUGACAACUUGUCUCAGUGGAAGGACAUGCACCUGUCAAUCAUUGGAAUCCUGGAAUUCAACCUCUUUGGUAUCCCCUUUGUCGGUGCUGACAUCUGUGGGUUUGGCUCUAACACUACCUAUGAACUCUGCUUGCGCUGGAUGCAGCUUGGCUCUUUCUAUCCAUUUUCCAGAAACCACAAUUCAGAGGGAAAUAGCGAACAAGACCCAGCAGUGUUCGGAGAAGAGUUUGCCAAGAUAGCUCGGGCUACGCUUCGGAUCAGAUACUCGCUGCUGCCAUACUUAUACACCUUGUUCUUCGAGUCUCAUGUUCAUGGAAACACGGUGGCGCGGUCACUGAUGCACGAAUUCACCUCUGAUCAGCAGACUCAUGGAAUAGACACUGCCUUCCUCUGGGGACCCGCUUUAAUGAUUGCUCCCGUUCUUCAAGAGGGAGCAAGGUCUGUGGAUGUGUACUUCCCUGAAGCACCAUGGUUUGACUACUAUACCGGUCAUAAACUGCCAAGUGCCUGGAACAAGAACUAUACUACUGUUGCUGCUCCAUUAAGCAAGAUCCCUCUGUUCAUCCGUGGAGGCUACAUCCUGCCAGAACAGGAACCAGCCACAACCACUACUAAGAGCCGUCUGAAUCCAUUGGGGCUCAUUAUCGCCCUGGAUGAACAAGGAGAAGCUUCUGGGUCUCUCUUCUGGGAUGAUGGUGAUUCGAUCGAUACUAUUGAAAAGGAGAACUACUUCUUGGCUAAGUAUACGUACAGCAAAGGAAACCUGAAGACAGAAAUACUUAAAAAUGGCUAUGAAGGUGCUAACACUCUGAAGUACAACAAAAUUACGAUUCUUGGCCUGAAACUGACACCUCAGGCUGUUGCUCUGAACGGAAGAGCCAUCCGUGGAGAUGCCUUCUCUUAUGAUCCGAGUGGG